AUGGCGUCGAAAACCGGUGAGAGGCAAGCGCUGUUGUUCCCGUCUACCGGCGGUGGCGGCGGCAGCAGCAUUGGCGGUCGUCAUGGCUCUACCCGGAGCAGCAGCAACAGCCACAAGAUCAAGCAAGGUUCGCCUACGAUCACCGUGCCAAGCGACAAGGAUCAUCACCAUCAGCUUCGCCUUCAUGUCGAAGUUCCGGGUGGCAGCGGCCAGCACUCUUCUUCUUCCUCGUCAACAUCGUUUCGAGGAGAGGUGCGACCGACGCUGGACGACAAGGCCUCCUUCGCGGUCGUGCUCGGCGACGUCCUCCUUGUAGACACGGCCCGUGGCAUCUUCUUCCCAACUCUGUGGACCCACGUCAGCCAGCUCGGGGGAGACAAGAUCGCCCUUGGGUACUGCGUCGGAGCUUUCAGUCUCGGGAGAACACUCAUGUCGCCUGUUUUUGGGAGGAUGUCCACGGAGCACGGCUACCGACGGGCUCUUUUGAUCUCCACGGCCCUUGUUUCCUUCGGGACUCUCUUCUACGCGGUGGCCGACAGUGUUUUCACGGUGUUCCUGUCGCAGGUUUUCCUAGGGGUGGGAAGCGGAACGUUGGGAGUAACGCGGGGGUACGUGGCUGACAAGACUACGAAGGAGCAGCGAACCUACCUCCUCGCCUACACAACAGCUGUGCAGUACGCCGGGUUUACCGUCAUGCCGAGUCUAGGCGGGUUCUUCAGCUACCUCCUGGGCUCGACGGAGAUCCCGCUGCUGGGGCGCUUCCUCAUGCUGACGCAAUUCACGGCCCCUGCCUUCUUCGUGGCGGCCAUGUCCACCGUCUUGUUCUUGCUGCUCUGGUUUGUCUUCCAGGACGGAAUUGAACAGAAGCCGGCCAAGACUACUUCCUCUGCGAAGGAGCUGUCCGGAACUGCGUCGGGGGUCACCCUGACCACUGAUCUAGGCAGCGAUGACAGCGGCUGUCUCAGCGACGACGACGAUGUCCCUAACCAAGAACAGCAAGACCUUUGGCCGGCGGCGGAGUAUUCCCCUCCGGGAAGCGUCAGCAGCGACAGCGGUGGUCGCACGGGAAGGGGAAGCCCCCCGUCGGUUGUCGGGCAGUACGUCGACAUCUCCCGCGACGGCGGCUGGGGCGGUAGCGACGACAAGGGAAUGGAAGAUGUGGAAGACGGGUAUCAGACGGGGUUAGCGGCCGCGGCCGCUGGGGCGGCGGCGGCGGGGAACAGAGCGGGAGUGCAAGCGACGUUCCAUGAUUCAGUUCAACAUGAGGCGAAACACGGGGAUGUGGUAGGAAGGGAGACGGCGACGCUGGGGGAAGGGGGUUGGCUUGCGCGAAAGCUCCGGCUCCGCCUGCCGAGCAGGGGAGACAUGCUUAUCUACGGCGGUUUCCUCCUCAACGUCAGCACCAAGGGCACCAUCUCUUGCUUCGAGACCAUCGGCGCGGCGUACGCGAUCACAACAUUUUCGCUUACCAGUGCAGAGGCCGGCUCCGUGUUCGCGACCUGUGGAGCGAUUGGCGUGGUCGCCCUCCUGUCGAUGCGGCUCCUGUGCAAGCACUUCAACGACAUCCAGCUGGUCCUGGGAGGGAUGUCGCUCAUGAUCGUGACGUGCGCCAUGCUGGCCUUGCCCCCCACGUUCAUCGGGUUGAACGUGUUCAUCGCGGCGGUGUUCCUGAUGUACUCCGUCGGAUAUCCUAUCGGCCACACGGCGGUUCUGGGAUUGUUCUCGAAGGUCGUGGGAGCCCAACCCCAGGGAGCACUGAUGGGCUGGUUCGGGUCGGCCGGCGCACUGGCCCGUACUUGUUUCCCCGUCCUCGCCGGCGUGCUCUGCCAAGUUUUCGGAACCUCGGCUUUGUUUCUGUUCUUGGUGGCCCUGCUCUCCGUCACAUUCGCCCUGCUCUUCACUUUCCGGAGGCCGUACCUGGACUGUAUCGACAUCACAAACAGGCGUAAGGCGGCCGUGGGAGCAGCCAACCCGCCCUCUCAUGGCGCCGGCAAGUAG